AUGUCAUACUAUUUUGUAAUAGUUGGAACAAAGGAUAACCCAAUAUAUGAAGCAGAGUUUACAUCAACCGGGCGUGGUGGCUCUGAGGCAAUUAGGAGAGAUGAACAUAAGCACUUGAAUCAAUUUAUAGUACAUUCUGCUCUGGAUAUCGUUGAGGAGCUUCAAUGGAAGUCUAAUGCCAUGUAUUUGAAAUCGAUUGAUAAGUUCAAUGAAUGGUUAAUAUCCGCUUAUGUUACGGCAGGAAAUAUAAAACUCAUGCUACUUCAUGAGACCAAAAAUGAAGAAGGCAUCAAAACAUUCUUCAACGAAUGUCAUGAAUUGUACAUAAAGAUGCUAUUAAACCCAUUCUAUGAAGUCAAUUCUCCUAUAACAUCUUCUGCUUUUGAUACAAGAGUGAGGUUUGUUGCAAAGAAGUAUUUAUAG